AUAUUUAUAACAAGUUUUCACAAUAAGUUAAGAAUAAAUAUUUUCUGUUCUCAACAAAGAUUGAGCCAUGGUGUUUGUUUAAGUUUGGAUGUUAUAACAUGUUAAUCCUAGAUUAUAGUAAUAAAACCUAUUUGUUAUGUUUUUGCAGAUAACUAAUCAAAAGAAGCCAUGGCAGACAAAACAGAAGAAACAGCAGUAGAAACUCCAGUCGAAGGUACUCCUGCUGAGACUACUGAUAACAAACCCUCUAAAACUGCAGAAGAAACACCUGCUGAAACCACAGAGGAAAAAGCUGCUGAAACUACAGAAGAAAAACCCGCUGAAACUACAGAAGAAACACCCACAGAAACUACAGAAGACAAACCUGCUGAAACUACAGAAGAAAAACCCGCUGAGACUACAGAAGACAAACCCUUGGAAACAACAGAAGAAACAUCAGCAGAAACUACAGAAGAAACACCUACUGAAACCACUGAUGACAAACCUGCUGAAACAACAGAAGAAACACCCGCUGAAACUACAGAAGACAAACCUGCUGAAACUACAGAAGAAACACCUGCUGAAACCACUGAUGACAAACCUGCUGAAACUACAGAAGAAACACCCGCAGAAACUACAGAAGACAAACCAUCUGAAACUACAGAAGAAAAACCCACAGAAACUACAGAAGACAAACCAUCUAAAACUACAGAAGAAAAACCCGCUGAGGUUUCAGAAGAGACACCUUCUGAAACCACUGAUGACAAACCUGCUGAAACAACAGAGGAAACGCCUGCUGAAACCACUAAUGUCAAACCUGCUGAAACAACAGAGGAAACACCCGCUGAAACUACGGAAGAAACACCCGCAGAAGCUACAGAAGACAAACCUGCUGAAACUACAGAAGAAAUACCUGCUGAAACCACUGAUGACAAACCUGCUGAAACAACAGAGGAAACACCCACUGAAACUACAGAAGAAACACCCUCAGAAACUACAGAAGACAAACCGUCUGAAACUACAGAAGAAAAACCCGCUGAGACUUCAGAAGAGACACCUGCUGAAACCACUGAUGACAAACCUGCUGAAACAACAGAGGAAACGCCUGCUGAAACCACUGAUGACAAACCUGCUGAAACAACAGAGGAAACACCCGCUGAAACUACAGAAGAAACACCCGCAGAAGCUACAGAAGACAAACCUGCUGAAACUACAGAAGAAACACCUGCUGAAACCACUGAUGACAAACCUGCUGAAACAACAGAGGAAACACCCACUGAAACUACAGAAGAAACAGCUGCUGAAUCCAUAGAAGAAACACCAGCUGAAACCACAGUGGAAAAACCAGAUGAAACAGCAGAAGAAGCCCCAGCUCAAACCACUGUGGAAAAACCAACUGAGACUACAGAAGAAAUACCAGCUGAAACCACUGAGGAAAAACCAGCUGAGACAACAGAAGAAGCACCAGCUGAAACCACUGAGGAAAAACCAGCUGAGGCUUCAGAAUUAGCACCAGGUGAAACUGAAGAAAAUUGUCCAGAGACUCCAUCCAGGCCCAAGACAGGAGAAAAGCGACCAGAAACUCCAGUGAGGCCCAAAACUGGGGAAAAGCGACCAGGAACUCCAUCCAGGCCCAAGACAGGGGAUAAGCGACCAGAAACUCCAUCCAGGCCCAAGACAGGAGAAAAGCGACCUGCAACACCAAAAGUAACAACUGAGGAGGUAACAGAUGAAAAGCGACCAGAGACACCAACACGGCCUACAUCUGGAGAGAAACGACCAGAAACUCCAUCCAGGCCUAAGACAGGAGAAAAGCGACCAGAAACUCCAUCUAGGCCCAAGACAGGAGAAAAGCGACCUAUGACACCAAAAGUCACAACUGAGGAGGUAACAGAUGAAAAGCGACCAGAGACACCAACACGACCUACAUCUGGAGAGAAACGACCAGAAACUCCAUCCAGACCUAAGACAGGAGAAAAACGGCCAGAAACUCCAUCUAGGCCCAAGACAGGAGAAAAGCGACCAGAAACUCCAUCCAGGCCCAAGACAGGAGAAAAGCGACCUAUGACACCAAAAGUCACAACUGAGGAGGUAACAGAUGAAAAGCGACCAGAGACACCAACACGACCUACAUCUGGAGAAAAGCGACCAGAAACUCCAUCCAGGCCUAAGACAGGAGAAAAGCGACCCGAAACUCCAUCCAGGCCUAAGACAGGAGAAAAGCGACCAGAAACUCCAUCUAGGCCCAAGACAGGAGAAAAGCGACCAGAAACUCCAUCCAGGCCCAAGACAGGAGAAAAGCGACCUGCGACACCAAAAGUCUCAACUGAGGAGGUAACAGAUGAAAAGCGACCAGAGACACCAACACGACCUACAUCUGGAGAAAAGCGACCAGAAACUCCAUCCAGGCCUAAGACAGGAGAAAAGCGACCAGAAACUCCAUCCAGGCCUAAGACAGGAGAAAAGCGACAAGAAACUCCAUCUAGGCCCAAGACAGGAGAAAAGCGACCAGAAACUCCAUCCAGGCCCAAGACAGGAGAAAAGCGACCUGCGACACCAAAAGUCUCAACUGAGGAGGUAACAGAUGAAAAGCGACCAGAGACACCAACACGACCUACAUCUGGAAAAAAGCGACCAGAAACUCCAUCCAGGCCUAAGACAGGAGAAAAGCGACCCGAAACUCCAUCACGGCCCAAGACAGGAGAAAAGCGACCUGCGACACCAAAAGUCACAACUGAGGAGGUGACAGAGGAAAAGCGACCAGAAACUCCAUCCAGGCCCAAGACAGGAGAAAAGCGACCAGAAACUCCAUCCAGGCCCAAGACAGGAGAAAAACGACCUGUGACACCAAAAGUCACAACUGAGGAGGUAACAGAUGAAAAGCGACCAGAGACACCAACACGACCUACAUCUGGAGAAAAGCGACCAGAAACUCCAUCCAGGCCUAAGACAGGAGAAAAGCGACCCGAAACUCCAUCACGGCCCAAGACAGGAGAAAAGCGACCUGCGACACCAAAAGUCACAACUGAGGAGGUAACAGAUGAAAAGCGACCAGAGACACCAACACGACCUACAUCUGGAGAGAAACGACCAGAAACUCCAUCCAGGCCUAAGACAGGAGAAAAGCGACCCGAAACUCCAUCACGGCCCAAGACAGGAGAAAAACGACCUGCGACACCAAAAGUCACAACUGAGGAGGUGACAGAGGAAAAGCGACCAGAAACUCCAUCCAGGCCCAAGACAGGAGAAAAGCAACCAGAAACUCCAAAACGACCAGUGACUCCAAAAGACAAACCCACAGAAAUGACUGAAGACAAACAACCAAAACUUUCUGAGACAGAUUCAGGCAAAGGUGAUUCUGAUAAUGAAUCUGAUAAACUAAAAGAUAUCAUUCCCUCUGUGGACAAAAAGGAAGAUUACAUUAAACAACUAGAAGAAGAACUACGUGUGGCUAAGGCAGUAACCGUGAACACUGUUACAGAGCAAGAUGUUGACCAAUCAAAAAUCCAAGAGCUUGAAGGACACUUGAACAAUGUUAAAGAGGAAGAAAAAUUGAAGGCCAAGAAGUUAAGAAUAAUGGAGCGUGAAUUGAAAGAAAGUCAGAAACGAGUUAAGGACUUGGAGAGGAAGUUCCCUGUUCACGUCAAUGGAACAGCAUCCACCCCUAGAAGCAAAAGCAGAAGUUCCCUUAACAGCAGUACUGCCAGUUUGAGGUCUAAUUCUUCAGUGACAAGUAUGGACAAAUGGAAACCUAAAAAAGGCGAAUCAGAGGCCUCCUCCAGAGCUUGCACUAUAAUCUAACUACAAGACUGAACUGACAUUAUAACCGAGACAUUAUAAAACAAAAGUGAGAAAGAUUAGUACAGAACAGUAUAAAAGAUGCAAAGAAUUAAAAGGAAAAUUCAAACCUCAUAAGGUGAUAAAAGAAAACAAAAUCGAGACAGUUUAUGAACUUACGAACAUUAUUAUUCUCUGACAAACACAGAGGUAUGCCAGUCAGUGAUUCAGUGUGCAAUUUCUAACAAUUAGUUUACGAAAAAUAAGUUUAGUUUCACAUUGGGGUAACUCAAUCGAAAAGUAGACAAAUCAUGUGAUACAUUCAGAAAAUUUAAUUUGACAUUUUCAGGAUAGAAAUAUUCUAGUCAUAUUUUGAAAUAUUAGUUUACUUUUAGCAAACAUGUGCCUUUAGUGAAUAUACUUCAAUGUGUUUUCCAUUUUUAUGUUGAAAUAUGUUUUCAAAUUACUGACAAUUACAGGGAAGCCUCAACUGUCAACACUUUAGUAAUUUUGCUGAUCUCAUAGUCAAAUGCUGGGUUUAUGUGGUUUCAAAAGCAUUGGUAAAUAUGAAAAUGUUUACGAAAGUGUUAACAGUUUUUUGCCCACCCUGUCAAUGAUUUGAUGAUAUGUUGCUAUUAGGGACCAUGUCAUGUUUUCAAUCUUGCCAAAAUACUAGUUUUAUUCAACUUUCUCCAUCCCAUACAAAAUAUCCUAUCACUAUGGAAACAUUGACAAAAUGACAUGGUCCAAAAGUUUGUGUGGUAAUGUAUGAUAGUUUUGCUUUUCAUUUUCUUAAUGGCAUAUAUUGAAAUGUGUAAGGUUUUAUGAAGCAAACAUGAUAAGCGUGUUUUAUGUACAUAUGCAGGUCUUCAAACGUUUUAAUUUAUGAACAUACAAUUUAUUUAACAUUUUUGUGAAGACAUUAUUUAUUACUAUUUAUCUAAAAGCAAUAUCCGUCCAAGUGUUUCAUUUCUAUAUUUAAUCAAACACACUAGAAUUAUUUGUAAAUAUAUGUUAUUUGUAGAAUCAAUGUAAAUAUGGAUGGAUGAGAUGAAUUAAAAUCAUAUGAUUAACAUUACAAUUGUGUCCUUUAAUAUUGUGUGUAUAAUGAGGAUUCCUCAUUUAUAUCUUGAAUUCACAAUUUUUCUUAAUUUUCAAAACAUUCUACAAUAGGACAGGGUAAGCCAAAAACAUAUCAAUAUUUUUGUUCUGUUUUGAUAUAAUGAUUUUAAAAAGUUUCCAAUAAUAUUCUGGAGGGCAUGCAGCAAUCAAUUAUACAAUAGAUAUACAUGUAGACGAUUUUUGCCCCACCCUGUAAAUAUCUUUGAAAAAAUCAAUGGGUUUGAAAUCAUCUCUCUGCAGGUCAUGAAGUGUCUCAACCUCUAACCUCCCAAAAAUUAAAUUGGUACAACCUGUAACUAACACUCUUGAUGGACUUUGAUACAACAUUACUUUCUGAAAAUAACAAAGCUUGAACAAUAUGUUUAAAAUACUGAAUAAGUGAAAUUUUAAAUGGUGAUAAAAAUUGCUUUCCAGGUUAACAAUGUCUUUGAUAUUUACAGAAAAUGUUGUACAAUAUUAAAAUGCUAUUGAUAACUCUUACAGGUUAUUGAUUUUUUAAAAUUAGGCAUAAUUUGGGAUUGGAGUAAGAGGUUGAGCUACUUUAACCUAUACUUAGAUCUCUUAAUCAACUCAGUAAAAAUGACAUUAUUGAAAGACUUGACUCCCUCAGCAUAUCUCAAUAUUGACCUUUGGCAAAACUAAAUGAUUCAUUAAAGGGACACUAUCUGUAAGGGACAGUAUCCAAAAUUACCCCAACAUGUUUUUAAUUCUAACGAUGUGUAGCUUGCACUAUGAAUAAACUUUGAAAUAACCCUUUUUUCUGUAAUCAUCAAAGAUUGAGAAGAUUGCCAUUGCUUGAAAUUGAAUUAAUUGCCUUUAAAAAUUUUAAAAGGUGAUAGUUAACAUUCAAUAUGGACCUUGCCUCGAUGAGCAAUUUUUUCAAUAUUUGAUAUUUUCAGAAAAUCAUAUUUGAGUCAAGUUUGUAUUGUUUCAAGUUACAGAUCGUUAUGAAUUAGAUUUUUGUUUUUUUAGAUAGGGGCCUGUCAUAUCUAAAGUUUACAUUUCUAAAUAUUUCAUCAUUCAAUCAUGAAUCUAGAUGUUGAUCCAUCCUUAAACUUUUUUUGUGUAUUCAGCUGAACCAUAAGAUACCAAUGCAGUAUUUAUACAAAACUACUGAUUCAUUCUCACUAACUGACCAUUUUUUCAUUUCUUGUCAUUACUUAAGAGAAAACUAGAGUGUGUCUGUACCUUUAACUUAAAAUAGCCCUCUAUCGCAAAAGGUAUGAAGCCUGAUUUCCUGAAACCUAAUGAUUUCAAAAUUUGUUUUCAUUGUUAGAUUAUAAUUAAUAAAUGUAUAAACACAAGGAGCACACGGGUCUUGAACUCGCAACCUAACAUAUUUUUGUUUUUUUUAAUUUAUAUUUAUUAUUUUAUUUAAAUGGUGUCAAAAUAUUGGCAGUUCUCGAGAAAUCAAAUUCAUUCAACCCCUAUGAAAAAAGCUAAGUUCACACCAAUGGCGCUUUGAUGGCGUUUUAAUGCGACAUGCAAAGCUUUGCACGCUGCUUUAAAGCGCCACCAAAGCUUCGUUGGUGUGAACUUAGCUUUGAGUUAAAUUGUUCUAGUGACGUAAUUUCACAAAACCAACAUUCUACAAACAAAAUCGAACAGUUGAUACUUUGAGACAAUCCUUGUGUCUAGUCAUCACCCAAUAAAUGCUGAUUAAAGAAAACAAUUCUGUUAAAGAAUGUUGAUAUUUUCUACUUCAGCCCAACUUUGAAAGCUAAACUUCUUUAUUUUUCUACAAUGUCAUAUGUUUUGAUAAAACUGACAGCUUCAAAAUCUGCACCAUGAAAUUGAUCAAAACAUCAAUCUGCAGUUACUGUAUGGAUGACAGAAUGUUUGUCGAUAUUAUGGCAGUUUUCUCUAAUAUGGUACACAUUAAGUGACUUUUAACAAUUAGGAAAGGUUCAACUUGGUGGCGUCUUAGUCUUGGAGGCUCUCUUUGAUAAUUGCUGUCUUGGAGACUUUGACACUGGAGGAGUUGGAACAAUAUUUUUGUUGUCACCUUGCUCAGUUAUUGAAAUAUUUCCUCCAUUUUCCACACUUUUGGCACUUAGGUUCUGAGUAAGCUUUUCAUCUGUGGAGUCAGUUGCCCCAAUUAUGGGCUCAUUAGUGUCAAAAUCAUCUAAUUGAGUUACAAACACAGUGCUUGAUGAACCAUGGGUUGAUUGGGUACCAGAAUUGGUAUUAGAACAUGUUCUGCGACUUGAGUACCCAGCCGUGACUGGCGGUAAAAUCAGUCGUGCUGGAGUUCGAUCCUUUGGUUUCCUGCUUGCCACAAUUUCUGCAAAUGUCAUUGUACGGUCAAACACUCCUAUGCGUUCAUGUGUUUUAGCCAACCACUCAACUUUACGUUUUCGUUUUGUAACAGGGUGCAUUCUGUGAAGUUCAUCUUCAAUUAAGUUCCUCAAAUCUUUACUAGUUUUAUUCAGACCAUAUUGACCAAAAUUCUCAUUCCUUGUUUGAUCGUUCAUAUUUGUUUCCAUUACUCUCUCGAGAACAUUUUUAUGUGCAAUGUACUCCUUUAGCGAAUCACGGUACGUUUCUUUCUCCCUUGUGAACUUUGAGGUGUAAAGUCUACAACCAGUGUCCACCCGAUCUUUUUCACGCUGUAAAAGCGCAGCUUCAGAGCGAUUAUUUGCCAAGACAUCGUUCUCCUUUUUGAGGGCCUUCCUUUGCAUAGCCUCAUAAGGAGUUUCCCAGUAGAACUUAAGACCAUGGUCGUCCCAAAGUAGGUUCCGCACUUUUGAUGGAUUUGACUGAUCAGUCAUGUUGAUAUUAAACUAUAAGACUCUGUUCUCCAAUCACAAAUAACUGAAUCCAAAUUCACGAUGUUACUUAAUAUAUUUCUCCAAGAUAUUAUUCACAUUAUGAUGUCAUCAUUUCUGACUAAUUAAUGAGUUCUCAUUGCCACAGUUAAUGGCUUUUUCAAAAUAUGCUCCAAAUUCUUACAUUUGUAUUGUAAUUAUUAAACGCAGUAAUACAGAUACUAAUUUCCUGAUGGCUUUGUUCUAUGAAGAUUACAUGCUUUUAGCAUUUACGAUUGCAUAAAUUGUUACAUAUUUAAUAACUUCGAUUGUGUUAGGCUAUGGGGUCUGUAGAAAGGAGUCUCUCGUGAGAUGGUUCAGUUAAUUUCACUGUUUUACGAUUACUUAUUGAUUCCCAUAGUAAUCUCUCAUAGUAAAUCCUGGAAGAAAACAAAUGAAAAAUUAUUCUAUAUAAGGAGCUCCCCAUACUCCAAGUAGUAAGCAAACAGCCUAAUGCUCUUUUCUAAUCUUGUCAAUUUUACAUUACCAAACCAAACAUCUUAAAAAUCUAUGUAAACACAAUUAGAUACCUUCACCUAAUGAAUCUGAGAAAAUCAAAAUUGCAAGCUACAAAUAGAUGUUGAUUUUUUUUAUAUUAACAAAUAAAUAAUAUUACUACCAAUUGUAGUGAUUAUCUAAUUAAUGGUCCUUACCUUAUCAAAUAAAUAGCAAUAUAAAGUGUGAUCAAAGUGGUGCCAUGCAGAAAAAUUGCUCUCCACAUUGAAGAUCAAUUCCUUAAUAGAAUUAUCCUCCAAGCAUCUGAUUUUUGACUUCUUAAUACUCUAUAUGUAAUUUAACGUAAAUGUUUAAUAGUCAACACCCUCUGAACACCAUGAGUGGAAUUCAAUCUUGUACAGUAUUCUUAAUUCAAAAUACAAACAAGAAUUUUAGCAACUUGAAAAUGAUACAUAUUCUUGUUGCUAACCCUUAUAAGUGUCUUAGCACUUUAGCCAGACAGAAGCACUCAUUUCUACGAGAUUUCAAUUGAAUAGAAUAUUGGAAAAUAUUGGAAAGGUCUUUUGAGAGUUUUUCAUAAGUAUUCAUAUGUUUACGAUAUUAUCCUGUAAUCCAUUAAGAACCUUUGUAAGUUUAAGGUUUAACCUAGCUUAUCCAUAUUACGUUGUUGUGGGAUGACAAAGCACUAAGUAUUCCACAUUGUCCCCUGAAAUGCCCAUAGUGUAAUGUUACACCUUAAAAACAGCAAAUUAAAGUAUGAAAGAAUUCCUGAGGAAUUUUCUAAAUUGGAUCAUUUCAGAUUUGGAUUUCAGUAAAACAUGUCAAAUGCAUUAUUGUUUUAGUUAUGCUUUAUGGAUAUAAUAGGAUAUAAGAUUUCUUAAAAACAAUUUAGCCAUUUUAUUUUGACAUUUGGCAUUGAAUGAACUCAAAUAUUUCAGUUGGCAGUUUAUCAAUUAUACGAGAAUGUCCCAUUUAAUUGACUGUGACUCUGUGA